GAUGGCGCUGCUCAUGGAUACCAGACUUUCUUAUAUUUUAAGAAGAGUUAAAGAUUUAAGGUGUUUCACUCCCAGACGAAACCGGAUGAAAGAAAAAUGGGCUACCACGCGUCCCAAGCACCCUCCUACCACUCUCGCCUUACAGCACUUUGAUUCCACCUACAGCGUUCAGCUGGGGCAGCUCUGGCCUUCAGUUCGAGCUGCCUUGCUUUCAGAGAGGAAGUACGGAGCCCUGCUCAAUCAUUUCUCCCAUGAUGCUUCGCCGGCAGACCUCGAAGCCCAAGGAUGCAGAGACUUCAUCACUGACACAGAUACACAGGCUCAGCUGUGCUCUGAGCAAGAACCAGAGGUCAGAUUGGAGGAGGAGGAUGGCGUUUCUUUGAAGAAAUCUCAUGCUGAUCAGCAGUUAUCAUCUCUACGUCUUAGCCCUAACAUCAAGUGCUUAGUGUUUCCAAGAGGGAAUAUCACAAGAUUCAAGCCUGCUAAACCAGACAUGUUAGGGUAUCUGGGGUACUACCUGAUGGACGCAGCUUCUAUGUUGCCUUGUCUUGUGCUGGAUGUUCAGGAGGGUCACAGUGUGCUUGACCUCUGCGCUGCCCCAGGAGGCAAAGCCCUGGCUUUACUUCAGACCCAGUCUAUAGACUUCCUGUGUGUAAAUGACACCUCAGUGUCACGGACAACGCGACUGAAAAGGGUCUUCCACAGCUAUGUUCCCAAACAGCUUUUGAGCAAGCAGAAGCUACGCAUCACCUCCUUUGAUGGCACCAAAUGGGGGGAAAUAGAAAGGGACACUUUUGACAGAGUUCUUGUUGAUGUUCCCUGUACCACAGACCGACAUUCACUCAUAGAGGACGACAACAAUAUAUUCAGUAAGAGCAGAACCGGUGAGAGACGAGGGCUCCCACAGCUACAGCUGGAGCUGCUGCUGGCAGGGAUUGAAGCAGCGUGUCCAGGUGGUGAGAUCGUUUAUUCAACCUGCACGCUCUCUCAAGUCCAGAAUCAGAGCGUGGUUGAACAGGCUGUCUCCUUGGCUCUGGAGGACCGCGGCAUCCAACUUCAGGUUGUGGAUCUGCGGCCCCUCACACACAUGUUUAGGAAAACCUUUCACUUUGCUCCUGACCUCCAUGUCGGUGAGAUGGUCAUCCCACACUUAGCCGCUAACUUUGGACCCAUCUAUAUGUGCAAGCUGAAGAGGCUGACUUAGACCGUGGACUGUUGGACAGAUUUACCCGUAAGCUUAUGGAUAUUUGAAUCAUUGCCUUAUCACCGUGCGGACUACUGAAGCCAUCCUUACUCUGCUGCCAGACUCAGACUCAAGACUUUACAUGGUAGACCACAACUGAUGGACUUGAUUGCACUUAGUUUAAUGCCAACAUAUCUAAACUUCAGAAUAUAUGAAGUAUCCAGUUCAUGCAGCUGGCUUGUGUCAUAUAGGUUGUUAUGGAGACUUUUUAAACAAUGAAUUAAAACUCUCAAAUGAGACAAUUUGCAGGCUGUUCAUGUAGCUGAGAGCAUGUGUAUUUAAAUUGCAGUUUUAUUUUUGCCCCUUAGGUGGCAACAGUAGAUUACAGAUUAAGUGUCCUGUAUAUUUCAUACCCACUAGAGGACACUAAUGAUAUAUCCAUAAAGGCUAUAUGUGGACAGGAACUCUAGUAUGUAUGUCCUCCUGCACUGUGUCAGACAGAUAAAGAUAAAUAUGUGCUUUCAGGUUGGUGAAUCACAUUACUGAGACACACAUUUUCCAUCAGAAUUACCAGCUCUCUUUAGCCCCCCAAUUUAAAUGGGUUGGUUAUUCAUCAGGUUUGAUGGCUUUGCCUAAUAAUGCGAUAUGUGUGUAUGCGGCAGGAGGGCAUAAUGAGAAGGCAGGUAAUGGCUUAUUUGACCAUUUGCCUCCUCACAUCUGAAUCUGUGCAACUUUCAUUAUGAUAGCUGGAUCGACUCCGUUUUUGCAUUGACAUCACUCAGAGGUGAAAUGUUUUCUCUUAUUGUAACCUAAUGAGAGCGGAGAGGUGCCUCUUUUUCCAUCACACCGCCGAUGACCCUUUAUGUUGUCCUGGCCAGGCAAUGUUGCGUGAAAAAGGUGUGUGUGUGUGUGUGUGUGUGUGUGUCUAACGAGUGGGGCAUGCGAGAGUGUCAUCCACAUCCCACUGUCAUUAAGCUGCUCCAAGUGCAGGAGCUGACUCCCAUCCCUGUGCAGGGAUGGACGGCAGCCAUGCGGCUCCCAGAUGAACAUUAAAGAGGCAGCAGAGAGCUAAAAUGGGACGUCUCGCCCUGUUUUUGCCCCUCCGCUUUUUUAUUCCACAGAUGAGUGCAGAUAAUUUUCUGUGCGAUUGUGAGUGAUUACUGUAUUACUGCGGUAAAAGGGGGAUGUAUCAGGGAAUGCAGAGGGAAUUAAUGACACAUAAAAACUAUUUUUGUAUUGACUGCUUUCGUCUCCAGGGCCCUGAAUGCCUGUUCGCAUAUCUUGUGAUUACCUAAACGUAUUGUAAAUAUGUGUUUCCUAUGGGCUCUUACAUAAAUUUACAUGUUUUAACACUCAGGAGACGGCAGACUGUUAGAGAUGAGUUACUCUCUAUUCUGCCCGUCUAUAGACUCGACUGGCUGGUUGCUUUAUUAUUGAAUUAGCCAAUGAAGCGCUGUGCAUUGUGUCCCUGUGUGUAAGCCUGCGUUAGGCAGACAUAUGCUGUGUAUUAGAAAGAUGAAUAUUAUGGAUUUAACUACACAACCGUGUUUCUGUUAGGUUUUCAGAUACAAUUUAAAUGUUACA